AUGGCCAUGGGAGGACCUUACAAUCACAACAAGGGUCAUGGGAAUAAUAGUAACUCUAGUAGCAACAGAGGGAGGCCUUAUGGGUUGAUGCUGGUCUUGGCAUUUGGGGCUGCAUUGGUUGGAGUCAUGGUGCUCCAUAAGCUCAGAGAAAGGCGCAUCUUCAACUUUGUGAUCAAAGAAAAAGACACUCAGCUCGUUUCGCUUCACCUCGCCUUACAGAAGGAGAGAGACUACGGCAGGGAAGUGAAAACGAAGCACGAAGGGCUGAAAGCGAAGAUGUACUCCAUUAGAACACAAAAAAUGCAGCUUGAGAGGACGGUGCUGGAGAUGAAGUCGACUAUUGGUUCGCUUAAGGAGGAGCUGAGAACAAUGGAGGCUGCAUUUGAGGAGAAACAGAAUGAAACCAAAGUGAUGAGAUUGAGCGAUGAUCAGAAUGAUAAUCCCCGGGUGAUGAAGUUGGUGGAAAGCUUGAAGCUGAAGGAAGCUGAAAUUGAGGAAUUGAAACAUCGGCUCGAGUAUAAGGUGUGGUCGGUGAGUGCUGACGACCCAUCAAACCCAAGCAGAAACUUAACCAUGUCCAAGAGGAGAGGAGAGGCUGAUCAAGUGUCAAAUGAAGAUGGAAAUGGCCUCAAACAGGGUGAGACUAUAACAGGAGAAGAUCAGGUUGGGAAAGCAGAGAAGGAAACAAAGAGGACGGCAAUGAUGGCAAGAGAGGCGGAGAAGAUGGGUAGUUCCCAGGAAGUGAAUAUCAAGGGUCGCAAUAGAGGUGGAAAUACCACCGAGGAGGGCCAAGUAAAGAUGAGUCAGGAUACCAAGGAUGAUGAUCAGAAAGCAAUUGAUGGUCAAGAGAUUAAGGGCAGAGGAAAUGGGAAUCUACAAGACAUUGACAAUUCUGAACUUGGAGAUGGUCAGAAAUUACAUGUGAAAACAGAGCGUGGGAUGUUGGAAAUGCUAGACAAGGGAUCUGGGAAUGAGGAAAGGUCUAGAGUGGGAAGGAAGCAAGACUACUUUAGUGGUAUUAAAGGAAAGAAAUGGAGAUUAGCUGCUAAGAAUAUGAGGAUGGAGAAGAAGGGGAGUUAUAAGAACAAUGGGGUGGCGAGCAUGAGAGGUAGGAGGUUCUUUGAAGAUGAUCGGUAUAAGGGGAGAGCAGAGGAACUGUCUUCGAACAGGAGACUAACAAGUGAUGAUCGCGGGAUGCAAGCUAGGCAGUCUGCGGAUUCAAGUGAUGCAGAACAUCUGAAAAACAAGCUUACACAUGGUGGUUCAGGUGAUAGCACAGCAAGUAAUGAUACAAAACAGGAACCUGAAGUUGAAAAAUCAAAAGACCAUGAAGCCAUUAAAAAACAACAGAAUCCAAGCAACAAGGAUAUCGGCAACGAAGAAGAUAGAGGUGAUGCUGAUACACAGGACUUCCCAGGAGAUUUGGAAAUUGCAGAGGCAGAGGAACACGAGAAUGAUAUUACCGAUGUGGACGGUUUCCUUGGUGAAUCAGGUUUCUUGGAAGAUAGAGAGUACAGGGGGGAAAUAGAUGAGUCUGAAUUCUAGCUUCAGCAUGUUUAACAGAUUGCAUAAGUGAUCGUCACAGGCUAGCUUUUCUUUUCUUUGCCAAUUAGUACUUUGAAGUAGUGUUCCUCUAGCAUGUUCGAAUUAAUCCAAAGCUGAUGUGACGCAUCAAACUCUGGUUUGCGAAUGUUGUCCAAGAAUUCCCCCAGAAUGACAAG